CGCUCUGCGCCUGCGCGGGUUACCCUGUAGUGCUUCCGCUACAUUCAGCGCAGAGUACAUCCGGUGCUCGGUGAGAAUACAAACAAUGGGGAAGAAACACAAGAAGCACAAGUCGGAAAAACAUGGAUAUGAAGAGUACGGAGAGAGACCACUGAAGCUGGUCUUAAAGGUGUCUGGAAACGAAGUGACAACGGGGAGUUCGAGUCUGGACACUCAUUACGACGACCAGCCAGCGGACUACGACAAACCAAAAGACAAGAAGAAGAAAAAGAAGAAGGACAAAGACAGAAGCUUUGGGUCACCAGAGGGUGACAGAGGAAAGAAAAAGAUGUCAAAGAAGAAGAAAGGUCAGGAGGCAGAUGGAGAUGAUGAUCGAGAACAGAACAGAACCCCCAUCCGCUCAGAGCUGGACAAACAAGAAGAAAAGGAACAGACCCCUCUGCAAGAAGCUUUGAACCAGCUCAUCAGGCAGCUCCAAAGGAAAGAUCCCAAUGCAUUCUUCUCAUUCCCGGUGACAGACCUCAUAGCCCCGGGCUACUCCUCAAUUAUCAAACGGCCUAUGGACUUCAGCGCUAUGAAGGACAGAGUGAAGAAAGAGUGCUACCAGACCUUGGAUGAACUUAAGGUGGAUUUCAGGAUCAUGUGUGAGAACGCCAUGAUCUACAACAAACCUGAGACCAUUUACCACAAAGCAGCCCGCAAACUGUUACACUCAGGAAUGAAGAUCCUGAACCAGGAAAGGUUGGAGAGCCUGAAGCAGAGCAUACAGUUCAUGUCUGGCCUCGCCCCCUCUGCCAAACACACAGCAAAGACCGAGGAUGGUGGCACCAGCCUGGACCAGAACGGAGAGAGACCCUGCCCCACCACUGACAGCAGCGAGAGCUCCCAGACACCCAGCACACCCAGACAGGAUAAGGACUCCAAGGACGAGGCAGCAAAGGCAGAGAAAGAGCUAGAGGAAAUCCGCAAGGUCAUCAACGAGUCUGGAGGAAAGCUGUCCAACAGGACGCUGCAGGGUGAUUUGGAGUUUGCAAGACGGAAGUCUGAUGGGUCCACUACACUGGCAAUCCUGAAUCCAGCAGAUCCAUCAGUAGGAGAUGUUGGUUACUGCCCAGUGAAACUGGGCAUGAUGUCCAAUCGGCUGCAGAGCGGCGUGAACGCCCUGCAGGGUUUCAGGGAGGACAAGAGGAACAGGAUCACCCCAGUGUCCUACAUGAACUACGGGCCGUACACCUCCUACGCACCCACCUACGACUCCAGCUUCGCCAACGUUAGCAAAGAGGAUUCUGACCUCAUCUACUCGCUCUAUGGCGAGGAGACCAGCCCGCAGGGUGCAGACAGCUUGUCAGACUUCUUGGCCAAAUCAGACGAGUAUGUGUACAAACUGGCAGACAACAUCCUGGAUGCGGUGACGAACGGAGCGCAUUCAAAAGCCCUUAAGGAGAGGGAGCAGCAGGUGGAGAAGGAAACAAACACACGGGAGAAGAAGGAUGGCAUGGAGGUAGCUGAACCCGAAGCAACCAUCACCAAUAGGCUGGACUUGCUGCGCUCUGCCGCAGGCCUGCAGGACGCCGAGGAGCUCUCUGGGGGUAAUAACUCUGAGGCCCUGCACUUCCAGCAGAAACUGGACGAGACUACAAAGCUCCUGCGCGACCUGCAGGAAGCUCAGAGGGAGCGUCUGAGCGCCAAGCAGCCGCCGAACAUGAUCUGCCUGCUGGCCCCGACUGCCAAGGAGCUUGAGCUGGCUGAGAAAGUGACCGGGAACCUGGCUGAGCUCACAGGUCGGGUGGCUCCGUGUGACGUCAGCAGCGUCCACGGCAUCAGGAGAGCAAUGGGCGUCGCUUUACCUCCAGAACCACCUGAGCCACUCAUUGACCUCACUACAGUGCAGGAGAUGGCUGAGCCUAUGGAGACCUUGUCCAGCUGUCAGGAUAAAGCUCCAGUCAUCGCUGUAUAAUUAAAUUCAACCACAGUCAGUUAAAUAACUUGAUAUUUGUAGAAAAGGUGCUUUUUGUGUGACAUUUGUAUGCAUUUCAGUCAAUAAACUUCUUUUUAUAUACA